AUGGACAGUCAGGACGACGAAAUGUCCAGCGGAGAGGCAAACUAUGGCAUUCUGUACAAUGAUAGAGAAGAGCAAAGCGAUGCACCUCUGAAGAAGGAAAAGUCUGAAAAACGGGCUUCAAGCCGAAGAGUGGUUAACAGGCCGGCGUCGCAGCCGCAUAUUAAGACCGUGAGCGGAGAGAAUCGGCUCUGCUUCAAAUACCCUACUAAAAUGUGCGAAGAGGGCCGCUCGGGAGACUUGGGAAUAGAAGAAGUUGAGUUUUCCAUAAAAUACGACAUUGAAAACGUUGACAUAGAAAAAAUGACAGAAAAGUUUAAAAUGGACAACAGCGUGUACCCACGGGCAAAUGUGCCGUACGACCGAUACCAAGGAAACCGGUGGGAGUACGAGACAGAGGUGAACAAGCUCGCCUGGAAGCUGGCUGCGCUGAACCCAAACCUGCUGUACGGGAAAAAGGGCAUUGUCCAGCGGGCAGUUGACUCGUUCAGAAAUCUGCACAGGUCAACCAGCUCGCGCCGGGUGGUGCGCAUGAAGAAGAUGAACGAAGGAACUCUUCGAAAGAGGCAGCCCGAGAGCUCGUCUGUGAACUCGCCCAGCGUGAUAAGCGUCACAUGGACACAGAAGGGGUCCACCAAGCGGUGCAAGGUGAGGAUCGACAUAGACUCCAUAGACUACGACAAGAUUGACAGCGACUUUAAGCUGAAGUACUCGGUGUUCAGCGGAGAGUUUGACGAUCAGUCCUUUGGCCUGGGGAAGUGGGAAAACAUGAACGAGGACAACAUUCUUGCGGUGAAAAUUGCAUUCCUGAACGUGGACAACACGGCCUUUUGGAACGCCGUCAAAGUAACGGACAAGGUUACCAUGCUGAGAAAGGCGGUUGAGGAGUAUAAGACAAAAAAGACUUACGAGCAGCCACAGGAAGAGGCAUCUUCUAUCACAGACAUGCAGCAGGAGGACCUGUACUUUAUAGACCAUCCGGAAAUAAGCUACAGAGAAAAGUCGUUUUUCUACUACUUAUAG